GGAGGCACCAAGACCAACAUCGCCAGCAAUUCAGCUUUUUGGAUUUCUCAUUCAACUAGUUAUCAUGAAAGAGCAGCAGAGAACACUGUACUUCUACAAAUCGCACCGGCACAUCAUGUCCCCAUUACUACCAACCUACAGACGGAACCGCGUGCCUAUACUUAGUCUCAGUUCAUUUCUGAUCUCUCUUCUAGUCGCUUCAUCUUGUAUUCCACGAGCCGAGGGCUAUAGUUUGUUGGGUAGAAUUACACCAGAUGCAGUUGCAUUUGGCUUUGAUCUAGGCCAAUCAUAUGGCACCUCCGUCGCCCGCUUCGAGAAUGGCACAACCAUUCCUUUAGCCAAGAUCCGUGGGAGUGCCGCUUACACAGCCCUCAUGGAAAACCUAAUCUCUAAACCAACAACACCACACUGGCUCUCCUACCGGGGUACAGUGGGCCGCUGGCUGUCAUUGUUUCGGAGCCUUAUGAAAAUCCUUGGACUUGCCCCUAGCUACAAGUGCGCCGUUCUGUCCGAGAUGGUUGCUGCGCUUAAGACGGCUUCCGAGGCGGCGUUGCAGAUCCAGAUCCAGGUCGAAGCAGUGGCAGUAACUGCCCCGUGGAUGGCAGCCUUAGAUAACCAGUUACCAACCGAUAGUGUUAUUAAUGAUGCGCUUUUGCUUGCCGACCUCGAGCCAUGGACUUUGUGGGCUGACGGGGAGAUCUACCUUGGUGAAGUCAAUACUAUAUUAGUGAGUGAAGAUCGGUCGGUAUGUAAGAACGUCUGGUGUACAGGUCACUGGAUGGAGGUAGAAGGAGAUAUCGCGGUAGUUGGUCUUGUGUUUUUCAUUAGCUUCACCAACCAUUCGUUAUAUACAUCUUUCCAACGCACCGGGUGCUAUUUCAACAACCCAUUAGACCACAGCCUCACCUCGAUAGACCCUCGCUAUGGCCUCGACAAGGUGAGCCAAGCAACAUCCCCUAAGCAAUACUGGAGUGAAUUGAAAACGCAUCUCCUCUCUCUUGUUAAGCAACACAAAACGCGAGGUCGGACAUAUGAUUGUCAAUCACUGUUUACAGUGUUAGUGGCAGGAGAGGCAGCUAAUACCCCCGAGUUUCUGGAUGUCGUGCAUGAUGUCGUCCAGGCCAUACUACGAGAGUCAUGGACUGCGGAAAGGGAAGAAAACGGCAAAACGGGUCACGUCGAGCUUAUCAUACCAGAUGACUUGACGUACGGGGCCGCUAGAGGAGCUGCGUUCUGGUUGCAGACAAGAAUGAAUAGGACGUAUUGUGCUGUAGAAGGUAUCUUAGAUCAGUAUGAUAUAAUAGGAGACACUCAUGUGGAGUUAUAGUUUUUGUAGAUGCCUGAGAU